GACGGCAAGCAAAUUGCUAUGGCAGAGACGCCGGCGGACAAGCUGCCGCUAUCGUACUUUGGGUACCUGCUCCAGCGCAGCCGCAGAAUGUAAGGCAUCAUCGCUGCAUUUCAUUUUGCAUAUCACGCAGCAACCCCUAUACUGGUCCCCGGAUCCGGUUGAUUUGUCACGAUGAUCCCACCGCUGGACCUGGGCUGGCUGACAAAUAUGCUGGCCCUAUUUGAGGCGACCGACUGUCUGCUGCUCUUUGUGCACUGCACUGUAAACUGCUUUCUACUUCAUGUUUCUGAAUCAACUUUGCAAUCGCACCAAUUUACUUUACCGCAUUCGACAAAUGAGCAGCACCACCCGAGAGUUCCUUGCCAACCGGCCCACGUACGCCCAGGAUGUCAGCAAGCUGCAGCCCUUUAUCGACCUUGCUGUUGACUGGCAGGCCUCGCAUGGCGUUGUGCUGCGGGCGCCCCAGCUCAGUGGCGCUGAUGCCCCGUGGCUCAAGGCUGCGCUGACGCCAGCACCAGUAGCACUUGCACCCAGCCCGAUUCCUCGCACCGAGUUCGAGAGGGUCGUCCAGCUGCAGCCAAUUCUGAACCAGCUGUUCCAUCGGAUUGCCAACGACCACGAGUUUCUGGUCAGCACACUCGAGAGCCUGGGCAGCGCCGAUGAGUUUACUGCCAGGGUGUUCAAGAUGUACUUGGAUCAGCGCGAGCUGAAUGUCGAAAAACCGGCCGUUAUUGGCGUGCACAGGUCGGACUAUCUUAUUGAUGCGCCAGCUGCGGAGCCAGCGUCGGUUCCCCGAGCCAAGCAGGUGGAAUUCAACACGAUUGCAGCAUCGUUCGCCUCGCUGUCGUCGCUGGUGGGGGACCUGCACAGGUUCCUGCUCGCCAGAACUGGAUACGAGGGCCUCAUCGAAUCCGGCUCGAUCGAGCCGAGUCAGCUGCCAACCAAUGAGUCUCUGACGAGCAUUGCGGAUGGCAUUGCGGCUGGUUUUAGUCUAUACGGAAACUCAGGUGCAGUUGUGGUGAUGGUCGUCCAGCCCAAUGAGCGGAACGUGUACGAUCAGCGGUGGGUCGAAACAGGGCUGUGGGAAAAGCACCACAUCAAGACAAUCCGCCUGUCGUUUGCAGAAGUUCUCGAGAAAUGCACUUUGGAUGAGAACAACCGCCUGUUCAUCAAUGGCGAGGAGAUUGCGGUAGCCUACUACAGGUCGGGAUAUGCGCCAACGGACUUCCCAACUGAGCAGGAGUGGCAAGGCAGAUGGCUUAUUGAGAAGAGCCGCACUGUUUCUGUUCCCAACCUCGCAUACCACCUAGCGGGCUGCAAGAAGAUCCAGCAGGUGCUGGCCCAGCCAGGCGUUGUUGAACGGUUCAUUGACGAUCUUGGUACGGCCGAUCUCGUCCGAGAAUGUUUUGUCGGUCUCUAUCCAUUGGACGAGACCAAGGAUGGACAGGAUGCAGUGCAGACUGCCAAGAGCAACCCUGACAAGUACGUGGUCAAGCCCCAACGCGAGGGAGGAGGUUACAACACGUAUGGCGGCGACAUUCCGCCGCUUCUCGAGAAGCUCAGCGCUGAGGAGCUCCGGGGCUACAUUUUGAUGGAGCUAAUCAAAGCGCCUGGGUUCAAGAGCGUGCUGCUACGUGACGGUGCACUGUUUGCGUCGGAGGUCGUCAGCGAGCUCGGAAUUUACGGCAUCUGGGUUAGUGAUGCCAGCGGGUCUGUAGUUGUAAACAAGCAUGGUGGGCACCUGCUUCGGACCAAAUCCUCGGAUGUAUAUGAGGGUGGUGUCGCUGCUGGAUUUGCAGUUAUCGACUCGCCGCUGCUGGUAUAGUGGCAGCAGGCUGGCAAGCGGUUAUUUUUAGCAAGACAGACUGUGACCAGGAAAUACCGGAUGGGCCUGUCACCAUUGUGAAAUGAUGUGACCGCAUUUCGUCCCCACUCUGCCCACCAUCUUCUACGCCCGCCUUCUCGGUCACAGUUCGGGUUUUUCAGAAACCAGACCACAGUUGGGCAGGAAUUUAUUUUAUUGCCCGUUUUCCUUUGGGUUCGUUUUUUAAUAGUAGCUGGUUUGGUGGCUGCAUUACAGGAAAAUCGCCUUUAUGUGGUCCACAGGGGAUGUCAUUGCGGCAAAUGAGAGCGCAAGAAGUACACUAGCGCGGGAUUUCCGAAUACAUGCAACAAGGCCGGCCAUC